AUGGAGUUCAAUUUAGACGGUUUUAACGAUUUCGACAAGUUAGAUAAUAUUUUAAUAAAUGAAAUAGAGAAAGAAAAAAAACAAAAUGUUGGAGACAAGCGUAAAUUUGACAUAUAUGAUGAUUAUCAAGAGUUACUAAAUACUAAAAUCCAAAAAAAAAAAAAUAAAAAAAAAGAGACUGUAAAUAAUAAUUAUGACCAUGUCAGCAAUAUUUAUGAACAAGGUCAGGAAAAUAUACAAACAAAUGAUAAUUAUCAUAUAUUAUUUAAUCGAGAAUUUCACAACCAUUACAUAUUUAAUGAUUAUAAAUACUUAAAAGAAUAUGUGUAUAAAAAUAAUUUAAUGAGUGAUGAUAUAUAUUUUAAAAGAGAUGAAAUUAUAAUGAAAAAUAAAAUUGAUUCACAAAAAAUGUUUCAAACUAAUGAAGAUUUAACCGAUUUUAUAAAAAUUUAUGAUGUUAAUAAUAAUUAUCCACCAAUUUAUUUAAAUUUAUUUAAAAAAUCAGAUAAAAAUACCACUUCUCAAUCGUCAUACAAUUAUCAAUUUAAGACUCAUGAUGAAGAACACAAUUUAUCUACAUGUACAAAAUCAAAAAAAAGAAAUUUUAGAGAUAUGUUAGAAAGAGUGUUAAACGAAAUAAAACAAGAAAAUAUAGAUAAAGAAAACAAAAAAAAAUAUGAAUAUACAUCUACAAAUAAUUUGAUGUCUAAACAAAAUGAUGAAUCUAAUAUGUCUUGUCAAAAAAUGAUUACUGAAAAUAUUAAUUUUGUAGAAAAAUAUAGAGGCAAAUAUUUUUCAGAACUUUUAACAGAUGAAACUAUAAAUAGAGAAGUUCUUUUAUGGAUCAAACAAUGGAAUGAUUUAAUAAAAAAAGAAAAAGAAAUUAUGUACAAAAAUAAUGAAGAAGAAAAAAAAGAAUAUUUAAAAAAAUUUAAUGAUUUUCCAAAAAUAUUAUUAUUAGGUGGUUCAGCAGGAAAAGGAAAAACUACUUUAGCGUAUGUAAUUGCUAAUCAUUUCAAAUUUAAUGUUAUUGAAAUAAAUGGUAGUGAUGAUAGAAACAAAGAAACUUUGAUUCCAUUUAUAGAAUCUAUUGUUUGUAAUAACUCAAUCGGAUCAAAACCUAAUAUUUGUAUAAUUGAUGAAAUUGAUGGCUUAUCUAGUACAUAUCAAAAUAUUGAAGCUAUUAUGAAUUUUUUAAAUAAAAAAGAUAAAAAAAAUAUGAGCAUAAUAAAAAGGCCAAUCAUAUGUAUAUGUAAUGAUAUAUAUCAUAAAACUUUAAAAGAGUUAAGAAAAAUUUCAAAAGUUGUUUUAGUUGAAAAUGUUAAUAUACAAAUGUUAAAAGGACGAAUCAAUUAUAUAUGUGAUAAGGAAAAUAUUAAAAUAAGUAAUGAAGCCAUAAAUAAGUUAAUAGACAUUUAUAAAUCAGAUGUUAGAGCAAUUCUGAACACGAUUUAUUUUCUGUCUAUAGGAUGCCGAUCAUUAAAUGGUGAUGGUGAUGGUAAUGGUAAUGGUAAUGGAAAUGGUAAUGGAAAUGGUAAUGGAAAUAAUAACAAAACGAUAAUCAGUUUGGAUACUCUUAACUCAUAUUUAUUUCACAAAGAUGCAAACAACAAUUAUGUUGAAUUGCUAAAUAUUAUAUAUGUCAAAAAUAAAAAUAAAAAAUUAAUAAAAAAGUUGUUGUUAGAAUGUUAUAAUUUUUUUCACAUAAGUUUAGGAACAGAAUAUAAUUAUCUACAAUCUUAUUAUUAUAUAUAUGACAAUUUAUUAAAUAUUCCUUUUAAUGAUUUUGAAUUUUCUAAACUUGGAUAUGGAUUAGAUUUUUUAUCAUUUUGUGAUCAUUUAGAAUAUAAACAAAAACAAAUAUUAAAUUAUUCUUUACAAAAAAUGUUAUUUUUAUCUGUUUAUUUAUUUAUAAUUAUUAUAAAUUUAAACACUAAUUCACAUGUACAAUAUAUAUUAAUGAAUAACAGUACAAGUAAUCAUUUUAGAAAAAAACAAAUUGAUUUAAAAAAUAUUAAAAAUAAUUUUAUUAAUGAUAAAUUUGCAGUUAUCACAUAUAAAUAUAUAUAUUCAAAAUAUUUUUAUUCAGAAAUUUUGAAUUAUAUAUUUGCCUUUUUUUAUUCAAAUGAAUUUUUUUUUAAAAAUGUUCAUUUAUGGGGGAAACAAAAUUAUUAUAAAGAUAUAGAUUUUCCUAAAUAUAUUUUAGUACCAUAUGAAUAUAAAAAUGUUAGCAAAUUUAAAUUAUUUUCUUUGAAGCUUUUAUUUUUUAUGACAAUCUUUAACAUAUCAUUUACAAGUAUCUUUUCUUCAUUAUCUCUAACACAAUCAGAAUCCACGAACCCAACGAAAUCGGUUACACACACUGACCCUAAAUCUGUGACUAACAAAAAUAAUAAUAUCAAUUCUUUGAAUAAUACCAAUUCUUUGAAUAAUAACAUGACCAAGGCAUACAUAUUUGACCCAUUUGUUGAUGAUUUGUUAAUAUAUGCUCAAAAAAAAAACAACAUUUUUUCUUCUUAUUCAUAUAACCAAAAUAAGCAAAUAAACAAUUAUAUGACAAACACAACAUCUUUUAAUUUCAAAACUUUGCCAAAUAUUCUAAAUAAUGAUAUAUGUGAAGCUUUGAACGAUUUAAAAAAUUGGAUAAAUAACAUAUCUCCAAAAUAUAACAAAAAAAAUAAAGAGAAACAUCUAAAUCAGAUGCAAAUUGUUAAAUCAUCUUAUAACCAUAAAAAUACAAAAAAAUCAACAUUUGAUGUUACAUAUGCUUCUAAUUUCGAACUAUCACUAACAGAUAUGAUUCUAAUUGCAUAUCAAGAUGGAUAUCAACAUUCAUAUAAACAUUAUUUUUUAAACCAACAAAAUGAAACUAAUUAUGUUGAAAAUAAACAAAAAAAUCAAACCUCAAAUAUAACAUUAGAUCAUAUUAUACCUCAAACUAAAAUACUAACAAAUAAAAACAAUUCAAUAUUUACUAUUUCAGAUUUAAUUGCUCAAGAAAAAUCUUAUAUGAAAAAAUAUAUAAAUAAUGAUAAAAAUAUUUAUUUUUCAGGAAAAUAUAUCAAGACAUCAGGUUAUUAUAAAAAUGUGGAAGAACGAUGUAAUGCCGUUUUACAACCAUUAAACUUUUAUAUUAUGGAAAAUAAAUAA